CAUGGCCACCGACUCCUGGGCCCUGGCCGUGGACGAGCAGGAGGCGGCGGCCGAGUCGUUGAGCAGUUUACACCUGAAGGAGGAAAAAACCAAACCAGAUGCCAAUGGUGCUGUUGUCAAGGCAGAUGACAACGUAGAGAAGACAGAGGAUGAGGAGAAGGAGGACAGAGCUGCCCAGUCCUUGUUGAACAAGCUAAUCCGCAGUAACUUGGUUGACACAACAAAUCAAGUGGAGGUGCUGCAGAGGGAUCCCACAUCGCCUCUCUACUCCGUGAAGUCUUUUGAGGAGCUGCGGCUGAAACCACAGCUCCUGCAAGGAGUCUAUGCCAUGGGCUUCAACAGACCAUCUAAGAUACAAGAGAAUGCCCUGCCCAUGAUGCUUGCUGAACCCCCACAAAACUUGAUCGCACAAUCUCAGUCCGGUACUGGCAAGACAGCUGCCUUUGUCCUGGCCAUGCUCAGUCGUGUUGAACCUGGGAACAAGUAUCCACAGUGUUUGUGCCUUUCCCCAACGUACGAGCUGGCACUUCAAACAGGAAAAGUGAUUGAACAGAUGGGAAAGUUUUAUCCGGAGCUGAAACUUGCGUAUGCUGUCCGAGGCAAUAAACUGGAGAGAGGUCAGAAGAUCUCUGAGCAGAUUGUAAUCGGCACACCUGGCACUGUGCUGGACUGGUGUUCCAAACUGAAAUUCAUAGAUCCCAAGAAAAUCAAAGUGUUCGUCUUGGAUGAGGCUGACGUGAUGAUAGCAACCCAGGGCCAUCAGGACCAGAGCAUCCGCAUUCAGAGAAUGCUCCCCAGGGACUGCCAGAUGCUUCUGUUUUCAGCCACUUUUGAGGAUUCUGUGUGGAAGUUUGCUCAAAAAGUUGUUCCUGACCCAAAUAUUAUCAAACUGAAGCGAGAGGAGGAGACGCUGGACACUAUUAAGCAGUAUUACGUUCUGUGCAAUAACAGAGAUGAGAAGUUCCAGGCUCUCUGUAAUAUCUACGGCGCUAUCACCAUUGCCCAGGCCAUGAUCUUCUGCCACACUCGGAAGACGGCCGGCUGGCUGGCGGCGGAGCUCUCGAAGGAAGGCCAUCAGGUGGCAUUGCUCAGUGGGGAAAUGAUGGUGGAACAGAGAGCCGCAGUGAUAGAGCGUUUCCGAGAGGGCAAAGAAAAGGUGCUGGUGACCACAAACGUCUGUGCCAGAGGGAUCGAUGUAGAGCAGGUCUCUGUUGUUAUCAAUUUUGACCUUCCUGUGGAUAAGGAUGGAAAUCCAGAUAAUGAGACUUACCUCCACCGGAUUGGACGUACAGGUCGCUUCGGCAAGCGAGGACUGGCUAUUAACAUGGUGGACAGCAAGCACAGCAUGAAUAUUCUCAACAGAAUCCAGGAACAUUUCAACAAAAAGAUAAACAAAUUGGAUACUGACGACUUGGAUGAAAUUGAGAAGAUAACUAACUGAAGUACAGCUGCUGGAACUGGUGUGUACCCUGCUGUGGAAGCUCUCCCACUACAAUUGGAUCAGCGUUCAGAUUGGCACGCCUCUCAGCUAGUCCCGAAAAGGACUCUUUAAGAUAUGAGUACACAAAAAUUACCUCAUUUUAAAAAUUGCAGUUGGACUUCAAAUUGUGCAACUAUGGGGAGGAAGAGGAAAUGUUUACAGAAGCUUUUAACAUUUCUUAGUUUAGCCUUAAAAGGGGAAGAUUUUUGAAUUCUAAGAAAUACACUUGCCAAAAAAUGGGCAAUAUGUAAUUAUCUAAAACAAAUUUAAAAAAAAAAAGCUUUAUUGCCUAUAAUUGGAAUGAAGUUCAGCACUAACCUGAUCAGUUAAAAUUCAACAGUCAAAUAUAUAAUGGACAGAAGUGAAGAAAAGAAAAAAAAACCAAACCAAACAAGGCAGCUGGUUUUUGGCUAAAAACUCAACUUGUACAAAAUAGGAUGUCAUUCUCUUUGGCGCUCCCCUGAGCUCUUUAAGACUCAUUUCUGGCUUCCUGAUGGAUUUGCCCUGCUUUUCCUUACGUAAAUUGUCCUGAGGAUGUCUCCAGUAGCUCAUACUUGCAAACACAGGUGCCGUGUUGCUUUUGCUGGGCAGUAUUUUCUUUUAAUUUGUCCUUGAUUUGUUAGAAUGGCCACUAUACGUAAAGCGGUGCAGUGGUGACAGUGCUUAAGUACGUACUCUAGAAGUUCAU